AUGCUCAAAGAAUGUGGUUUUGAAAGAUUCAUUCAUUACAAAAUCUAUGGAGUGCAACCAAAUGAAGAAAAUGUCGAAUUUCAUACAAUGAGUACAAUCACGUCUACAAGAGGAAUAUCUAAUGAGUUGGUACAUGAUGAGAACUUUAAUGAAUUACCUACAGAUGAGCCUGAAGAUCCAUUAGAUUGUUGUGAUGUUAGCGGCUUCAUAGAGUCGUCUUGGAAGUCUGAAUGCGGUUUUAAUCUUAAAUGGGAUGUCAAGAACAGACUUACAAUAAUAAAUAACGAUGUACCUACUAGUACCACUUCAUCCUUAAGAGAUAUGGACGUUAAAAUGUUGCCAAUAAAUUGCGAAAACCAGCAGUGUAUUUUUGAUCGAAUGGAAAUUACGAAGUCAGGAGUAGUAGAUGUGGAGAAAUUUGUAAAACUGUUGGACAAUAUGACGAAUAGGGAACCAAUGUGGAUUACAGCCAAGGAAAGAGUUUUAACUAGUUGUUUGCGGAAACCUCUUAUUGGUUAUGAGAGUGAUUGUGAGAUUAAUAGCAUCUUGGCUUGUACUUUUGAUGUUCUUUCAGAGAACUGUCCGCACGAAAACAGAGAGGAUCAGUGCAAAAAUUCUACCAAUAGCAAAGAAGGCAUCAUUUGUCAAAUCAGCUCCACAAAAUAUGGACCGAAAAACCGCCGUCAAUUUUGCAACAUACCCGACAUAGUCCAGAAAGAUUUGCUUGACUCCUGCGGAGUUAGUUCCAUCUUCAAGAUAGAGUAUGUCUCCCAAAAUAAGGAUCAUUCCUGGAGCCCAGGAGUUAACUGCAAGGAAUCAACAGUAUCUUCUAACUGCAUCAUGAACAAGAUGGGUGUUUUAAAUAAAUAUGGUUUCAUAGAUUACUUUAAGAUGAAGGAUAAGAUAAGAUCAUAUAGCGAGAGACUCCCAGCAUCCGUUUACGAUCUUUAUACCAGCUCCUUCAUCAACACGCCACAUUAUAAAGAUCACUGCAGUUCUUCUAAGAAGCUAUUAAACGUUAUAGACUCGCUUUUAUUGACUUGUCCCACACAAAACCGCAGAAAAACAAAAAAAUGCGACAAAAUAUUCACGGAAAUGAAGAAUAUGAUAACAAAUAAAGUCGCCCAAGAUAAAAUUGACGAAAUAUUGAAUUAUAAUAAAAAUUAUUAUCUACCAACAAAUUAUAUAGCUAAAGAUAGUGCCCAGAAAACUAAAUUGACACCACUUUACGAUUUUGGCAUUCUAUCCAGUAAUAACAUACCACCAGUUAAAGUUAUUGAUAUAAAAUCAAGGUUCUUGUAA